AGGUCGGCGCCCGGGCGCCCGCCGCCCCGGAGGCAGGAUGAGCAUCGAGAUCCCGGCGGGACUGACGGAGCUGCUGCAGGGCUUCACGGUGGAGGUGCUGAGGCACCAGCCCGCGGACCUGCUGGAGUUCGCGCUGCAGCACUUCACGCGCCUGCAGCAGGAGAAUGAGCGCAAAGGCGCCCCGCGCUACGGCCAUGAGGGCAGGACCUGGGGGGACGCGGGCGCCGCCGCCGGGGGCGGGACCCCCAGCAAGGGGGUCAACUUCGCCGAGGAGCCGGUGCACCCCGACUCUGAGAACGGGGAAGAGGAGGAGGAGGCCGCAGACGCAGGGGCGUUCAAUGCUCCAGUAAUAAAUCGAUUUACAAGGCGUGCCUCAGUAUGUGCAGAAGCUUAUAAUCCUGAUGAAGAAGAAGAUGAUGCAGAAUCCAGGAUCAUACACCCAAAAACUGAUGAUCAAAGAAACAGACUGCAAGAGGCUUGCAAAGACAUCCUGCUGUUUAAGAACCUGGAUCCGGAGCAGAUGUCUCAAGUAUUAGAUGCCAUGUUUGAAAAACUGGUCAAAGAAGGGGAACACGUGAUUGAUCAAGGUGAUGAUGGUGACAACUUUUACGUGAUUGAUAGAGGAACCUUUGAUAUUUACGUCAAAUGUGAAGGUGUCGGAAGAUGUGUGGGUAAUUACGAUAAUCGGGGGAGUUUCGGCGAACUGGCCUUAAUGUACAACACACCCAGAGCAGCUACAAUCACAGCUACCUCUCCUGGCGCCCUGUGGGGCUUGGACAGGGUAACCUUCAGGAGAAUAAUUGUAAAAAAUAAUGCCAAAAAGAGAAAAAUGUAUGAAAGCUUUAUUGAGUCACUGCCAUUCCUUAAAUCUUUGGAAGUUUCUGAACGCCUGAAAGUGGUAGACGUGAUAGGCACUAAAGUAUACAACGAUGGAGAACAAAUCAUUGCUCAGGGAGAUUUGGCAGAUUCCUUUUUCAUUGUAGAAUCUGGAGAAGUAAAAAUUACCAUGAAAAGGAAGGGUAAAUCAGAAGUGGAAGAGAAUGGUGCCGUGGAGAUCGCACGGUGUUCUCGGGGACAGUACUUCGGAGAACUCGCUCUGGUCACUAACAAGCCUCGAGCAGCCUCUGCGCACGCCAUCGGGACAGUCAAGUGUCUAGCCAUGGAUGUGCAAGCAUUUGAAAGGCUUUUGGGACCUUGCAUGGAAAUUAUGAAAAGGAACAUCGCCACCUAUGAAGAACAAUUAGUUGCCCUGUUUGGAACAAAUAUGGAUAUUGUUGAACCCACUGCAUGAAGCAAAAGUAUGGAGCAAGAAGACCUAUAGUGACAGAAUUACACAGUAGUGGUUAGUCCACUGAGAAUGUGUUUGUGUAGAUGCCAAGCAUUUUCUGUGAUUUCAGAUUUUUUCCUUUUUUUUUUUACAUUUACAAUGUAUCAGUAAACAGAGUAGUGAUUUAAUAGUCAAUAGGCUUUAACAUCACUUUCUCAAGAGUAGAUUAUAAAAAACAUUGACAUACUGAUAAAAUGACUUUCUAUUCCACAAAAUUAUGAUUUGACGAAAUGGCUUAUUCACGAUUGUAAAAUAGUGAAAGUAUCUGUGUUCAAAACAAAAAUGAAAGUUAUCAUAGGCAACCUGUGUUUUCACUUACUCAGAUGGACAUAUUAGUGACUGUGCCCAUGUAAGAGGGAACUUGGCAAUGAUCAUGCUCUACAGCAUUGCCUCACCUUCUUUUCACAACUCAUUAUAUAUAGUAAGUACAAUUUUAAUUAUUUUUGUUUUAAAGUUUUCCUGGCUUGAUAAGUUAUGUGCUGGUCUUGGCCUAUUGGUGAAAUGGUAUAAAAAAAUCAUCAUAUGCAAUUUUAAAAACUUUUAUAUUUUUGCAAUAAAGUACAUUUUGAUUUCUUUGGCAUAAUGUCAGUAACCUACAUAUUCCAGUGGUUUUAAGGAUAGGCAAUUUAAUCAUUAUAGGAAGACCUUUUUUUAGGUAAGAGAUUUAACAUUUUCCUCAUACAGCAUAUAUCUCUGCUUCCUUCUCUCAUUUUGUAGUUCUCUGUUUUAUCAUUAAAAAUUUGAGUUUGACAUUUAAUGUCACAAAUUUUUAAAAACUAUUUAAAUGUACUUGUCUCCUCACUGCCUAAGAUAUUAUAUAUACUAAGCAAGAAAAAAACCCAGAACCCUCUUACCAGGUAAUAUUUUGGGACCCUUAUCAACAUGCCCACAGGAUAUUUCUUUGUUCUCCAUUAUGCUACAUAAUACAAUCCUUUGCAGACAUCUGCCACAUGGGUUUCCUCCAAGGUGGUAGAAAUAAAUUUUUAUAAGUAGACCCACAUAUAAAGAUAAAAGGAAUUUUUGCCCUUCCAGGCCUUGCCAUUUUCUUUAAUGUAGAUUCAUAAGUGCAGAGUGAACUUUCAUAGAAUUUCAGUGAUAUUUGAUGUGCUUAUCAUUCUGCUACUUGAAUUUAGUUAUAUUCAACCAAGGCAAUAUACUUUUAUUUCAUUUCCGGGACUACUUGACCCUAAUUAUCUAAGGAAGUUAACUCUCCAGUUGUUCAAUUUUAAAUGAGCAAUUUCAUUUUGGGAAAAUGUUUCAAAGAAAUAUAUACAUGGGUAAAAUUCCUCUGUGGCUAGUGUGGUUUUAUUAGGGAAUGUUUAUGGUCUUGUACAAUGAAAACAUGGUUAAAAUGUUAAUUGCAUAAUGUACAUAUAAGAAGUUAAAGUAUGUAAAAUAUAACUUCAGCCACAUUUUAGAACAUGUUAACAAUUUUGCAAACUUUCUUGUUUAGGAAGAGAGCUUACUACAUGAAGAUGACUUGUUUUCUAUUUUAGAUUUUAUUUUAAAAGCCAUGUCUGUUAAAACAAAAACCAGAAAGAACUCCAAAUUCCUGGUUCGUUCUGUAUUCUUAACUUUAUUCACCUUUUUCAAGCAAUCUAUUUUGUUGCAUAAGCUGAUUGUUAACUAUUCAUGGAACAGCAAACAAAUGCCUGUUUAAUAAAGAACUCUGACCAAGGCUGUAAAUGCCAGUUACAUUAUUUUCAGUAUUGUUGGUUAUAUUUAAAUUUUCCUUAUAAUAAAGCACACUUUUAUAAUAAAAAUUUAU